UGGAAGCCUCACAACACAGUCAGUGUGUUGAAGUAGGGAGUUAAAGGAGGACAAAGGGCGGCGUGCACCUGCUCCGCGGGUGUAACCUAGUUUUUUUUUUUUAUAUGUAUAUAUAUAUAUAAAAAUCAGAAUAUAACGCUUUAGAAAUGUCUGCUCUGAACACUUCCUCGGUGUGAAGCACGGGACCAGCGGGUUCAGCUUCAUUGGUCCAUCACAACAUCGGUUACCAGUCUGCUUGUACAUUUUCUCACACAGCUAGCUAGCAGUCGUAGGGCAGGAGCCACUUAAACCGCAGCCGGAGACGGAGACGGAGAAGGGGACCUCGCAAUUCUCUCUCGUAGGCCUACAGUAACACGUUUUUAUUAAGAUGCGGCAGCUGCUAACGUUAGCCAGCUUGGAGCUCAGUUAGCUUUGUUGGGACCUCGGGACGACGGCGACUCGACGGUGACCACAACACAACAUUUACAGCACCGGUUACAACCACGGUUAAAACGACGUCUCACUUGAGAGCGCAAUUCUCCCUGAAGUUCCCACCUGAUGGAGCAGUGGUUGUCAGUCUUUGUGAAGAGGCACCAUGUUUCCUUGUCAUGUAACCUCCUGGCCCUCUGCUGAGCCCCCGGCCUCCUGCAGUAGUCAUGCACCGCCAGUGCAACCAUCACAGCCUCUGCCUGAUCUGCUGUGCAGCUGCCCUGCGCCUCCUUUGAACACCCACUCUGAGACACCCUCUCCGGACCCCAUGGAGUCUCUCAUCGUCGUUACAGAGUAUGAACCCAGCAGGCCACCCGGAGAGGCUGGGGAGGAGGAGGUAGAAGAAAUGGACAGCUCUGAGAUGCCUGAGCCAGCUUCCUCUGUGGCAGCACCUUUCCGGACCCCUUCCUGCGACCUGCUGUCCCAUACCGUCGGUCGGCCGGAGGCUCUGCUACCUGAAAGCCAAGAGCAAAGGGGAAGAUUAAGCCUGUCAGACAGGAAGCUGUCUCUGCAGGAGCGCUCGCAAACUGCAACUUCGCCCUGCAGCUCCCCCGGACUCAAUGGACGCUAUAUUUACCCAUCAUUACCGUACUCCCCCAUCACAUCACCACACUCCUCUCCACGCUUGCCCCGCCGGCCCACCGUGGAGUCCCACAGUGUUUCCAUCACAGACCUUCAGGACUGCGUUCAGCUCAACCAGUACAAGCUGAAAGAUGAGAUUGGAAAGGGUUCCUAUGGUGUGGUGAAGCUGGCUUACAACGAGGAUGAUAACACGUACUAUGCCAUGAAGGUGCUGUCCAAGAAGAGGCUGAUGAGACAGGCAGGUUUCCCACGGAGACCUCCUCCUCGAGGAGCCAGGGAAGCCCCCGAGGGUCCGUGUCAACCUAAAGGGCCGCUGGAGCGAGUCUAUCAAGAGAUUGCCAUCCUCAAAAAGCUGGACCAUCCUAAUGUAGUCAAACUAGUAGAGGUUUUGGAUGACCCCAGCGAGGACCAUCUGUACAUGGUGUUUGAGCUGGUGAAGAAAGGGGCUGUGAUGGAGGUGCCAGCAGAUAAACCUUUCAGUGAGGACCAAGCACGUUUUUACUUCCAGGAUCUGCUCAGGGGAAUCGAGUACUUACAUUACCAGAGGAUCAUCCACAGGGACAUCAAACCUUCCAACCUGUUGGUGGGAGAAGACGGACACAUCAAGAUAGCAGACUUCGGGGUUAGUAACCAGUUCGAGGGAGCGGACGCCCUCCUGACCAGCACUGUGGGAACGCCGGCGUUUCUUGCCCCUGAGGCGCUCUCUGAGACCAGAAAGAACUUCUCUGGAAAGGCUUUGGAUGUUUGGGCCAUGGGAGUGACGCUUUACUGCUUUGUCUUUGGAGUGUGUCCUUUUAUGGAUGAGCGCAUUCUCAGUCUUCAUCAGAAAAUCAAGACACAGCCUGUGGUGUUACCAGAACAUGCCGACAUAUCCGACGAUCUCAAAGAUUUGUUGCUGAAAAUGCUGGACAAGAAUCCGGAGACGAGGAUAUCAGUGCCACAGAUAAAGGUGCACCCAUGGGUGACGAGGCACGGCGCCGAGCCUCUUCCCCCCGAGGAUGACAACUGCUGUAUGCUAAUCGAGGUGACCGAAGAGGAAGUGGAGAAUUCGGUUAAACACAUCCCCAGCCUGGCAACAGUGAUUCUGGUGAGGACCAUGUUGAGGAAGCGCUCCUUUGGGAACCCCUUCGAUUGGGGCCGGAAAGAGGACCGCAGCGGUUUGUGUGCUGCAGGACAGAGGCUCACGAAAGGCAGAGCAGGCAAAGUGAGAUACUGCUACAUUCAUUGUAACCAAAAAAGGAAACAGGAGAGCGGUGACGCCAUGAGGAGCAUGGAACUGCCCUACGUGGGAGAGGAUGAAGCUCUUUCCUGAUGCACGCUGUUUAAUGCAGUGUGCACGCUGGCAUCUGCCCGCCUGCUACCACACAGCGCCACGCCCCUUUACUCACCACAGUACUGGCAGCCUACGCCUACUGAAAUUUAUUAUCUAAGCACUUUUAUUUCCUACGCUUUUAUUCUCCUCUUACACCUGCUCAAUUUGAGGUUGUGACUCUCACAUGGGAACCUUCCAGGAGAGGCUCCUCCCCUCCUGAACGUUGAACCUUCGAUCCUUUUCGCCAUGCCCACUCUCGACUUCCUAUCCUGCAUGCUUUUAUAGUCAUAGCAUGCUCCGUCUCAGGCUUCAACUGUACAGAUUCUGGUUUUAUCGUAGGUUAGCCACUAGCUAGUGUUUCUCCUUGUCUUAACUCGACAAUACUUUCAGGUAUACGGGGCAUGGGAACUGGAGGUGGAGAUGGUUUUACGCGGUUGUCUUCACCAUUACCGUGGUUUUCUUAAGUAGAGCAGGCUUCUUGACAACGAUUGUCUGGUUCACUCUGCUCCAGAGUAGCGGUGCCCAGUUUUUGUAAUAUAUUUAAAACAAGGGUGUGUACAGCUUAUUGAGGUUAGAGGAGUGAAAAAAUGUUUACUUCACCGAGUGCAUGUGUUCACUUUCCCAAUGCAAAUAUUGUAUAAGCUAUUUCUACACAUUCACUCGCUUAUUCCUGUUUUUUAAAUCUCAUUUAUUUAAAUGAAUAGAAAGCUUUAAUUGUUGACCUAGUGCUUUGUGAAGAUUCAUCAUUAAUUAAUACGAGACUGCAUAGAAAAAACACGAUUUUUUUCUUUUGCAAAGCUUACGCUUCUAGUGAAUCUUUUUUUUAUUUCGACAAAUAUACGAUAUAAGUGUAUUUACUGUGAAUUUAUCAAUUCAUGGAACUGCAGCAGAUUGACUUAUUCUGUAGGGUUUUUUUUUCUUUUUUUAGCGAAAGACUUUUUAGACAAACAACGUUUUGUGUUGUGAUACUGAGUGUCAUGUAUUUGUUUCACAUGGAUGUCUUUGCUGAAAAUGGAAAACAGUGAAAAUUUAACCUCAAGUUACAAAUUGUGAAUGUUUCUACUCGUUUGAUUUGUUUUAUAACCUAAGAGUCACUGAUGUUAUUUUGAAACUGCACAUUUUAGGACACCAAAAACUUUAAACUUAACGUUCCUUAUUGAACCAUUGGAACAGGCUACUGAGGCGAGGUCGAGAUGAAGGCAUAGUACAGAUGCAGACUUUAUGUACAAAUCUAUGCAUGACACAUCUGUAGAGGAGUUCAGCUUGAAACCUGGUGUCAUCUUUGGCCGGAGGCCACUGCUCUGCAAGUGUUUCUACUUAUAAAUGGAUUUUUAGUUUUUAUUUAUUGAUGUGCUUUUACAUCCUAAAGCACAAUUUCCCCACUUUCUUCCUUUUGUUUAUUAAUUUGUUUCCCCCUUUUCCAGGUGUUGGUGCCAGUUUAGAUGAAUUCUCUUAAUGUGUCUCUAGUUGACUUAGAAUAUUGACACAAUAUUGAUUAUAACAAUUAAUGCUUCCACACACUAAUUACUUCAGCACUUAUAUGUUGAGUGUAUGAUAAAGGGACUGGAUUUUUUCUGUACUUACUAUUUGCAUGUCACUGAACUGUACUUACUGUAUGUCUGAUUUUAAGACUAGUACUAUGCACAUGAUGUGUCCUUAUGGUGCGAUGUACUGCCCUGUCAGAUUGUCACGGACCGUGUGCACACCGGGUGGACUCAGAGGGCUGUUAGCGUUCGCUUGAUGCUAAUUUAUUUUUGCUCAUGUUUUUUGCAGAGAGAUCUAAUUAAGUUGUGCUCUUGGCUUUGAAGAGCAACACGCAGAGACGGGCUCUUUUUAGAUUUACAUAUGAUUAAAAGGACUUGUUAAGUAUAUUUCCAGUUAUAAUAGUGAAGCCUUAGUCGCGAGGUUAGUUAAGAUGUUUCUUUUAUACUGUGAAAUGUUAUCACGCAAUUAUGACAGAUUUCUGAAUUUUAGACUUUUGCCAGGUAGAGAAUUAGUAGGACUAUUUUGCCCUAAAUGACCAACAGGAAGUGAAUAGGCAUAUGAGUAUGAAUGCAGGGUGACAGUGCAAGCCACAAAAAAACUGUACUGUAAAUAUUUUAUACAUACAUUACUUAAACUAGUAGUUUGCUUCGACCCGUCUGCCCGUUGUUGUUGUAAGAAUGGCCGGGCUAAGUGAUUAUCAACCUUUAUUGUUCACACGGUUUUGCAUUCUGUAGUGUAGUUCAUUUCAUUAAGAGCUUUGGGGGGUCCUUUUCCCCUGAACGCAUGCUAAACAUACUGAAUGCAUACCACUGUGUUGUCAUAGCAUGAGAGGUCCCUGACAACAAAGUGGGACCUCUAAACGACUUAUUCUAUACAUACUGUACCUUGUUCAUCACUGGAAUAAAAUAUUAUUGCCUUUC